AUGCCCAAUUAUAUUCACAGUGCAAAAUGUUAUUUGAAUUCAAAUAAGAAGAGUAAACAAGUGCAAGUGCUCAAAGGACACUCACUUAAAUGCUCUAUCCCCACUCUUAUUACUAGUACUAUGCCUGUGUCUACUUUAAAGCAGCCAAGAAUUAUUGAACUUCCUUUUGAGAUCAUUAUCUUGAUUUUAUCAAGCUUCAGUGAAUAUGAUAUGAAGCAAUUCAGCAUGUUAAGCUUGGAUCAAGAAGUUUGGAAAGCAAUGUACAAGACUAGAUUUACAUCUGGUAAAGAGAACACUCUUCGAUCCAAUACCAAUUCGUUAUGGAAGCAGAGUUAUCUCAGAAAAGCUACUCUACGACUAUCGGCUGUAGAUGAUAUGGAGAUACCACACAUGAAUACAGAAUAUUGGGAGAUUGUGAAAACUGAAUCCAGCAUUUAUGGUCAUGUAGCCAGAUUGGAUUUCGUGUGUUGGUUCAAGAUGAUUGGAAAUUUAGAGUCUGUUCCUCCUGGAGAAUACAAAGUUCAAUGGAGAAUACGUGCUACUGGUAGGGCUGCAUGGAGUGGUGCCAUUAACCUCAGGGAUUCUUUAGAGUUUAUUUUUAGAGCACUUAUGUCUCUCAGUAUUAAUGAAGCUUAUGAGGAUACCACAAUAACUGAAGACACACAUGAUAUGCCCUACGGCCUCUAUUCAGAUCCAUCAAUAAUCGGUUAUGAUUGGCUAGUCCUUACUCUUCCUGGAAGAUUCGUUAUAGACAGUAAGCUUGGAUUCUCGAAGGUUUACUUUAGUCAUGAUGAUAUAAGCAUAUCAUGGAAAUAUAAGCUGGACUUUGAUUGGGUUCGACUUGUUCCUGUAUCUCGUACUAAAAAUUAUGCUGACUCGAAACUAUACGUCAAAAUGGACAAUGGCAACCACAUGGUUUAUGUACAUGACGAUUCAAUUUUCGGAAAUAUCUACAGAUAA